UAUGCAUUCAGAAAGAAUUUACUGCUAUCCUGACAAUAAUGCAAGUUGCCCUAAACUUGUAAAGCAAACUGAAAUAUCAGCAAUUCUUUACCUGUCCGCAGGAAUUUUGAUUGUACUUACUGUUUUUGGAAAUUUGUUUGUGAUCAUCACUGUUUCUCAUUUCAGGCAACUUCACACUCCUACUAAUUUAUUUGUCCUUUCACUUGCUGUGGCAGAUUUUCUAAAUGGUUUUCUUAUUAUGCCUGCUCAGUUUUCUGGACGAAUAGAGUAUUGUUGGUACUUUGGUGAUGCAUUUUGUACUUACUAUCAAACAUAUUUCUAUUUUUUACUUUUUGUUUCUGUUUUAAAUUUGGUAAGCAUAUCAUCUGAUCGUUACAUUGCUGUGUGUAAUCCAUUUUUUUAUAGCAGAUAUGUAACAAAAUCAGUAGCAGGUGUAUGUAUCAUUUUCAUAUGGUUCUUAGCAUUUUUGUACACAUAUGCAUUUAUUUUUCAUACUGGAGGUUAUGUUGUAACCGACUGGUGUGUGGGUGUAUGCAAAUUUUGGCAUUAUUAUGAUUGGUGGAUGAUACAUUAUACACUGACAUUUUUAUUGCCUAUGUUGCUUAUAAUAUGUUUGUAUUCAGUAAUAUUUGUGACUGCAAGAAGACAUGUAAAAGCUAUCAACUGUAUGAUGAAAGAAACAAAAUCAGCAGACAGCAAAAAAACACAAUUGUCAAAAUCAUCUGAAAGAAAAGCUGCUAAAACCCUUGGAAUAGUAGUACUCGCUUUUAUUGUGCUCUGUUCACCUGCUUUUUUGUUCAUUCUGGUUCAGAUGUCAUUCACCAUUGAUUUAGUAGACUUAGCAGCUGUGCAUUUAGCACUGACUUAUUUAUCAACAUUGAAUUGCUGUAUUGAUCCAAUUAUCUAUGCUUUGUUCUAUCCUUGGUUCAGAAAAGCUUUAAAAAUGAUGGUGACAUUUGAAAUAUUUAAGUCAUCAUCACCAAUGACUAACUUAUUUUCAGAUUAA